AUGACUUCUUCCUCAAUAGAAAACAUCGAUAUCGCAUCUGUGCCUGCUGUGGUGCAGUUCAACGACGAUGGCGAAUCUAACACCUUCCUUCCCCCAUCGGACACACAUUCCGUGACGUUUUCGCUGCGCCUCGACGCCGCCACCAAAUCCGCCUUCGCCAAGCUGCGCGUUGACAUCGCAGCGAGGGCAUCCCGCCGUCCCGUCCCCGUGUUUCUCUACAUCAAACCCGAGCGCAUCACAUCCCUCUCCGCAGAAGAGGCGGCAGAGACCCCUCCCGCCGUCCAAUCCCAGCUCAAGACGACCCUCACGCGUCUCGACUUCACCCUGCGCGUCCCCGCCGACCUCAUCGCGCCACCGCAACCGCCUGUCCCAAAGAACAAAGCCGCCGGCGAUGUCCUUGCAGUCCUGGAUGCUUUGGCUGCAGCCACGACUUUCUCAAUCUACAUACCCAGCACACACCUCCCGCACAGCCAGGCACAGUCGUUGUGCAAACUUGCGCGCGAUGGCGAGCUCCGGGCGCUGGAGAGCGAGGCGGGGACUGCACAUUUACACCAGGGAAAGGGCGGAAGAGUGUGCGCGCCUGGUGAGCUGAUUGGGAGGAAACUGGAGGAGAAAGCUAGGUCCGAUGAGCCUGCUGGCCCUAGUGCUGGUGCGGAGAGCCCGCCGUCGUAUGACGAGCUGGGAUUGUCGCCGCCGCCACUGUCGCAGCCUCCGGCCAAGAAACGACGCGUUGAGAAGCUUACUUCGUCGGACGUGAAGUCCAACACUGCGAGUAGUAGGACUCUCGAUGCUGCGGCAAUUCAGGCUCUUUGCCAGGAGACGUACAGGAAGAUGCUGCGCGAGUCGCAGGCCGAGCAACAGGCAUGCAUUGACGAGCAGAUCCAGCAGAGCAUGCGGGAUCUUGAGACACGGAUGCUGGAGAAGGUGGACGAGCGGCUAGACGCGCUGCGGCGUGAGAUGGAUGUCGUGCGGGAGCAGCAGGUCCGCACGCGCGAGGCGGUGCACGAAUCGCUGGAACAGGUGCGAGAUGAGCAGCAAGAAGGGCUGUGGGAGGUUCGCGAAAAAAUUAAUGAGGUGCGGGAAGAGUUGAAGGGCGAUUAUGACGACUGCAGGGAGGCGGCUGCGGAUGAGGGCGCGGAGCUGGCGGACCAGCAAUGCGAGGAGCGGUUUUAUGGCUUGAGGAUUGAGAUGCGGGAGUAUGUCGAGGAGGAGCUGCAGGGCGUCGAGGAGAGGAUCAAGGGCGGUUUGGCCGAGAUGACGUUUUCGUUGGACUUUGACAACUGA